AUGACGACCGACAUAUCGGUGUCCCGCUGGGACCCGUCCAUCGGCCAUGGGCAAGAGAUCAUCGACGAGAUCGAGUACGAUGGCGGCAACUCCUCCUCAAGGCUUUUCGAACGAUCGCGCAUCAAAGCGCUUGCAGACGAACGAGAAAGUGUUCAGAAAAAGACUUUCCAAAAAUGGGUGAAUUCUCACCUGGUGCGUGUGGGGUGCCGCAUCAACGAUCUGAAUGUGGAUAUGAGAGACGGCAAGAUGCUUAUCAAGCUUCUCGAAGUACUGUCUGGCGAAAGAUUGCCUCGCCCUACAAAAGGCAAAAUGCGUAUUCACUGCCUGGAGAAUGUAGACAAAGCCCUACAGUUCCUGCGGGAACAGCGUGUACACCUCGAGAACAUGGGCUCCCAUGAUAUCGUCGAUGGUAACGCGAGGCUCAAUCUGGGUCUCAUAUGGACUAUCAUUCUUCGCUUCCAGAUCCAAGACAUCACCAUUGAAGAGACAGAUAAUAAAGAGACAAAGUCCGCUAAGGACGCAUUGCUAUUAUGGUGCCAAAUGAAAACGGCCGGUUACAACAACGUGAAUGUACGUAAUUUCACGACAUCGUGGCGCGACGGGUUGGCGUUUAACGCCAUCAUACACAAACACAGGCCUGACCUCAUACAGUUUGAGAAACUGCAUAGAAGCAAUCACAUCCACAAUCUUAAUAAUGCAUUCAAUGUGGCUGAAGAGAAACUUGGGCUUACCAAGCUUUUGGAUGCCGAAGAUAUCGCGGUGGAACAUCCCGACGAGAGGUCAAUAAUCACGUACGUAGUGACAUACUACCACUACUUCAGCAAGAUGAAGCAGGAGACGGUGCAGGGCAAGAGGAUCGGCAAAGUGGUCGGCAUCGCAAUGGAGAAUGAGAAGAUGGUGCACGAGUAUGAGUCGCUUACCAGCGAUCUCCUGCAAUGGAUCGAGCGUACAAUCGAAGCUCUGGGUGAUAGAACAUUCGCGAACUCUCUCGAAGGUGUAAGACAACAACUUAUACAAUUCGCCAAUUAUCGUACUGUGGAGAAACCGCCUAAGUUCGUAGAGAAAGGCAACCUGGAGGUUCUUCUGUUCACGCUACAGUCGCGCAUGCGCGCGGCCAACCAGAAGCCGUACACGCCGCGCGAGGGCCGCAUGAUACACGACAUCAACCGCGCCUGGGAGCGCCUCGAGAAGGCCGAGCACGAGCGCGAGCUGGCGCUGCGCGAGGAGCUCAUCCGGCAGGAGAAGCUGGAGCAACUCGCUGCGAGAUUCAACCGCAAAGCUCAGAUGCGUGAGACGUGGCUGUCGGAGAACCAGAGGCUGGUGUCGCAGGACAACUUCGGCUUCGACCUGGCAGCGGUGGAGGCGGCCGCAAAGAAGCACGAGGCCAUAGAGACUGACAUCUUCGCGUACGAGGAGCGCGUACAGGCGGUCGUCGCGGUGUGCUCCGAGCUGCAGGCUGAGAGAUACCAUGAUAUGGAGCGCGUGUGUGCCCGCCGCGAUAAUGUUCUGCGUCUGUGGGCCUAUCUGCUGGAGUUACUGCGUGCGCGACGUGCUCGUCUCGAACUAUCGUUACAAUUGCAACAAAACUUCCAGGAAAUGCUCUACAUCUUGGAUUCCAUGGAAGAAAUCAAGAUGCGUCUCCUGACAGACGACUACGGCAAGCAUCUUAUGGGUGUAGAGGAUCUGUUGCAAAAGCACGCGCUGGUUGAGGCAGACAUCAACGUGCUCGGGGAACGCGUUAAGGUGGUAGUAGGUCAGUCCCAGCGUUUCCUGGAAGUGGAAGAAGACCGCUACCGUCCCUGCGACCCCGCCAUCACCGUGGAGCGCAUACAGCAGCUGGAGAACGCGUAUUCUGAGCUCGUGCAUCUCGCAGUUGAGCGCAGAAAGCGUCUUGAAGAUAGCCGCAAACUGUGGCAAUUCUAUUGGGAUAUGGCUGACGAGGAGAACUGGAUUAAGGAGAAGGAGCAGAUUGUCUCCGUUGAUGAUAUUGGACAUGACCUCACUACUGUGUACUUGCUGAUCUCCAAGCAUAAGGCCCUGGAAGCAGAUGUUCAAGCGCACGAGCUACAACUAAUGAAUGUGGCUGCUGUUGGAGAUGAGCUCAUCUCUCAAGGUCACUUUGGAGCUGAUAGGAUACAGGAGCGUCUCCGCGAUAUCCUCUCGCAAUGGAACCACCUCCUCGACGUGGUGUCGCUGCGCAAGAAUCGGCUGGACGCGGCCGUGCGCUACCACCAGCUGUUUGCUGACGCGGACGAUAUCGAUAACUGGAUGUUGGAUACUCUCAGAUUGGUUUCAUCUGAGGACACUGGCGUUGAUGAAGCGCAGGUACAGAGCUUGCUGAAGAAGCACAAGGACGUCACUGAUGAGCUCAAGCAUUAUGCUAACGUUAUACAACAGCUGAAACAACAAGCCAGCGAGCUGUCACCCGAGGACGCGAACAGCGGUGAGGUGCGCGAGCGGCUGGCGGCCAUCGACGCGCGCCACGGCGAGCUCGCGGAGCUGGCGCGCCUGCGCAAGCAGCGGCUGCUGGACGCGCUGUCGCUGUGCAAGCUGCUGGCCGAGGCGGACGCCGCCGACCAGUGGAUCGCGGAGAAGGACAGGAUGCUCGACACCAUGCUGCCGCCCAAGGACAUUGAUGAUGUAGAGAUUAUGAAGCAUCGGUACGACGGUUUCGACAAGGAGAUGAACGCAAACGCGUCGCGCGUGGCCGUGGUGAACCAGCUGGCGCGCCAGCUCAUACACGUGGAGCACCCGCAGGCGCCCGCCAUACAGCAGCGGCAGCAGGCGCUCAACCAGGCCUGGAGCGCGUUGAGAGAGAAGGCCGAAGCAAAGAAAGACGAGUUAAAGUCCGCGCAGGGCGUGCAGACGUUCUACAUCGAGUGCCGCGAGACCGUGUCGUGGAUAGAGGAUAAAAAACGCAUCCUGCAACAGACAGACAACUUGGAGAUGGAUCUCAAUGGUGUAAUGACCCUACAACGCCGCCUGUCCGGCAUGGAGCGCGACCUGGCCGCGAUACAAGCGCGCAUCACGUCCCUAGAGAACGAGGCCAGCGCCAUAGAGGAUGAACACCCUGAGGAGGCUCGUCUAAUCAGAGAGCGCGUUGCAACCAUUACUGAGAACUGGGAUAGGCUCACGCAGAUGCUCAAAGAGCGCGAUGCCAAACUGGAGGAGGCGGGCGACCUGCACCGCUUCCUGCGCUCCGUCGACCACUUCCAAGCGUGGCUCACCAAGACACAGACCGAUGUGGCUUCCGAAGAUAUUCCCGCCAGUCUACCCGAAGCUGAGAAGCUGUUAUCUCAGCACCAGACCAUCAAGGAGGAGAUUGAUAACUACAAGGACGAGUAUGCCAAGAUGAUGGAAUAUGGAGAAAAGAUUACUGCCGAGCCAUCGACUCAAGACGACCCGCAGUACAUGUUCCUGCGCGAGCGGCUGAAGGCGCUGCGCGAGGGCUGGGCGGAGUUGCAGCAAAUGUGGGAGAACCGGCAGCAGCUGCUCACGCAGAGCCUCGAGCUGCAGCUGCUGCAGCGCGACGCGCGCCAGGCGGAGGUGCUGCUCGCGCACCAGGAGCACAGGCUGGCUAAGACUGAGCCACCAACGAACUUGGAACAGGCUGAGAACAUGAUCAAGGAACACGAGGCCUUCCUCACCACCAUGGAGGCUAACGACGACAAGAUCAAUUCCGUCGUACAAUUCGCAAACCGCCUUGUCGAAGAGAGACACUUUGAUGCCGAUAAAAUACAGCGUAAAGCAGAAAGCAUUAGAGCCAGGCGUGACUCCAAUCGCGAGAAGGCGUUGCAACAGAUGGAGAAACUGCAAGACCAAUUGCAACUUCACCAGUUCCUGCAAGAUUGUGACGAACUUGGCGAAUGGGUGCAAGAGAAGAAUGUCACCGCUCAAGACGACACCUACAGGUCGGCCAAGACUAUCCACUCCAAGUGGACCCGCCAUCAAGCCUUCGAAGCCGAAAUCGCUGCCAACAAGGAACGUCUAUUCGCCGUACAGAACGCGGCUGAAGAACUCAUGAAACAAAAACCAGAAUUCGUCGAAGUCAUCUCGCCUAAGAUGACAGAACUACAAGAUCAAUUUGAAAACCUCCAAACUGCAACAAAGGAGAAGGGCGAACGCCUAUUUGACGCCAACCGCGAGGUCUUAUUACACCAGACUUGCGAUGAUAUCGAUUCAUGGAUGAACGAGUUGGAGAAACAAAUCGAAAACACAGACACUGGCACUGAUCUGGCAUCUGUCAAUAUUCUCAUGCAGAAGCAACAGAUGAUCGAGACUCAGAUGGCCGUGAAGGCGAAGCAGGUCACCGAACUCGAAACGCAAGCGGAAUACCUGCAGAAGACCGUACCAGAUAAGAUGGAGGAGAUUAAGGAGAAGAAGAAGACUGUGGAGCAACGUUUCGAACAACUCAAAGCGCCAUUACUCGAGCGUCAACGCCAUCUCGCAAAGAAGAAGGAAGCGUUCCAGUUCAGACGCGACGUCGAUGAUGAGAAACUGUGGAUUCACGAGAAAAUGCCUCUAGCUACCAGCACCGACUACGGCAACUCGCUGUUCAAUGUACAGAUGUUGCAGAAGAAGAAUCAAUCGCUGAAAACGGAGACGGAUAACCACGAGCCUAGAAUAUUGACAGUCAUUUCUAACGGACAGAAACUCAUUGACGAGGAACAUGAAGAUGCGCCCGAAUUCAGGACUCUUAUUGAGGAACUUACCGCGAGAUGGCGAGAACUUAAAGAUGCCAUCGAACAACGCAAGAACAACCUGUCCCAGUGGGAGAAAGCUCAGCAAUAUCUGUUCGAUGCUAAUGAAGCGGAGGCGUGGAUGAGCGAACAGGAACUGUACAUGAUGGUGGAAGAUCGCGGCAAAGACGAGAUUUCUGCCCAGAAUCUGAUGAAGAAACACGAGAUACUCGAGCAGGCGGUAGAUGAUUACGCGCAGACAAUCAGACAGUUGGGUGAGACUGUCCGUCAGCUCACUAGCGAAGAACAUCCUCUUAGUGAGCAAAUAUCAGUGAAACAAUCACAAGUGGACAAAUUGUACGCCGGUCUCAAAGAUCUGGCCGGCGAGAGGCGCGCCAAGCUGGAUGAGGCACUGCGUCUGUUCCAGCUGUCCCGCGAGGUGGACGACCUGGAGCAGUGGAUUACCGAGCGCGAGCUGGUCGCCAGCUCCCAGGAGCUAGGCCAGGAUUAUGAUCAUGUUACUCUACUGUGGGAGCGUUUCAAAGAAUUCGCCAGAGAGACCCAGUCGGUGGGCUCGGAGCGCGUGGCCAUGGCGGAGCGCAUCGCCGACCAGAUGAUCGCUAUGGGCCACUCCGAUAACGCCACCAUCGCUCAGUGGAAGGAGGGCCUGCGCGAGACCUGGCAAGAUUUGUUGGAGCUUAUUGACACUAGAACUCAGAUGUUGGCCGCUUCCCGCGAGUUGCACAAGUACUUCCACGACUGCAAGGACACGCUGCAGCGCGUCAACGAAAAGGCACGUGGUGUCAGCGAGGAGUUAGGUCGCGACGCCAUCAGCGUGGGCGCCCUGCAGCGCAAACAUCACAACUUCAUGCAGGACCUGAGCACGCUGCAGCAACAGGUGGAGUCGAUAAACGCGGAGUGCGGUCGGCUCGGCGCGUCGUACGCGGGCGACAAGGCGGCGGAGAUCACGCGGCGCGCCGGCGAGGUGGCGGACGCGUGGCGCGCGCUGCAGGCCGCGUGCGCCGCGCGCCGCGACAAGCUGGAGGACGCCGACCAGCUGUACCGCUUCCUCAGCCAGGUGCGCGACCUCACGCUCUGGAUGGACGACGUCGUGCGCUCCAUGAACACCGGCGAGAAGCCGCGCGAUGUGAGCGGCGUGGAGCUGCUGAUGAACAACCACCAGUCGCUGAAGGCGGAGAUCGAGACGCGCGAGGACAAGUUCACGGCGUGCAUCGGGCUCGGCCGCGAGCUGCUGGCGCGCCAGCACUACGCCGCGCCCGACAUCCGCGACAAGCUGCAGCUGCUCACCGCGCAGCGCAACGCGCUGCUGCGCCGCUGGGAGGAGCGCUGGGAGAACUUGCAGCUCAGU